CGGAACAUCGCUGCGGGAUGGGGCGGAGCGCUGCCGGCAGAACCGAGCGCGUUGGGGCCGCUCGAGUCCCCGCGGGACGGGGCUGGUACGGAGCUACCUCGGAGGGUGAGGAUGGACAGCGAGGUGCAGCGGGACGGCCGCAUCCUGGACCUGAUCGAUGACGCGUGGAGGGAGGACAAGCUGCCGUACGAGGACGUGGCCAUCCCGCUGAAUGAGCUCCCUGAACCAGAGCAAGACAAUGGAGGCACAACUGAGUCUGUGAAAGAGCAAGAAAUGAAGUGGACGGAUUUAUCUCUGCAGUAUCUCCAUGAAAACGUCCCUCCCACAGGAAACUGAUGAAUCCGGGGGCAUUUCACGACAAAUUCUCUGUUAACUUAUUCUUUACUUGGUGCCAAUUCUGUUCUUAAGUGUUUUCUACACAUGAUAAAAAAUGUGUUUUUUCACCAUC